UCUCACUCCACAGACCGGAAAGCAUUUAACCCAGGAGGGAGGAGCCCCCGAGGAUAAAAGGAAAAGGUUAGGGGGAAGGAAAAGAGAGGCACCACCACGGCACGGCACGAGAAAGGCUGGCGACUUCAGUGGUGUAGUGGUACGCUAGCAGCCAGCCGCAGUAUCUCUAGCAUCGUAGUGCCGCGGAUUGCUCUUGCCGUUCGCACUUCACCACCAUCACAAUCCCCGCAGCCUUUUUCCUCAACAGAUUUCGUCCGGGCUCCUGCAAAGGGGCGCUGAGGCUCUUGAGUGCUGUGCGCGGCGGAAGCAAGCCCCCGUCCGGUUGUCUUCUUCCCCCGCCAGAGGACAAGGAGCGGUCACAAGGGAUCACCGCCAGGGCCGCCGUGCGCUGCCUUCAUAAGCGAGGGAGGGAGGCAAUCCUGUGGAGUGCGGUACAGAGCAGCGGCGUUUCUUCUUUCUUUCUUCUUCCUCUCGUCGACGGUGCGAGGCCAGCAAGGGGAGAUGUCGGAGGUGAAGCCGGAGGAGAUCAGCCACUCGGCCAUGGAGCAGCUCCAGGGGUUCGAGUACUGCAUCGACUCCAACCCUCCAUGGGGGGAGGCCAUCAUACUGGGCUUUCAGCACUACAUCCUGGCGCUGGGCACGGCCGUCAUGAUCCCGGCGGUGCUGGUACCCAUGAUGGGCGGGAGCGACGGAGACAGGGUGAGGGUGGUGCAGACGCUGCUCUUCGUCACCGGCAUCAACACGCUGCUGCAGUCGCUCUUCGGGACGCGGCUGCCCACGGUCAUAGGCGGCUCCUACGCCUUCGUCAUCCCGGUGAUGGCCAUCGUGCAGGACUCGUCGCUCGCGGCCAUACCCGACGACCACGAGCAGAGGUUCCUCCAGAGCAUGAGGGCCAUACAGGGGGCACUCAUAGUGUCCUCCAGCAUUCAGAUCAUCCUUGGUUACAGCCAGCUCUGGGGUAUUUUCUCCAGAUUCUUCAGUCCACUGGGAAUGGCGCCGGUGGUUGCGCUUCUCGGUUUUGGUCUCUUCGAAAGAGGAUUCCCUGUGGUUGGGAGAUGCGUUGAGGUUGGCCUGCCAAUGUUAAUCCUCUUUGUUGUGCUUUCCCAGUAUCUGAAGAAUGUACAGAUAAGAGAGAUCCCCAUACUGGAACGAUUCUCCCUGUUCAUUUGUAUCGCAUUGGUCUGGGCUUAUGCUCAAAUCCUCACUUCUGGUGGCGCGUAUAAUCAUAGCACCGAGGUUACUCAGAUCAACUGCCGCACUGACCGUGCCAAUCUGAUCUCUUCUGCCCCAUGGAUUAAGAUCCCAUAUCCCCUGCAGUGGGGGGCACCAACCUUCAGUGCCGGCCAAUCGUUCGGUAUGGUGUCUGCGGUUUUGGUCUCGCUAAUAGAGUCCACAGCUUCUUACAGCGCUGCAGCUCGGCUUGCAAGUGCAACUCCACCUCCAGCCCACAUCCUGAGCAGAGGCAUCGGGUGGCAGGGAAUUGGCAUCCUCCUUUGUGGCCUCUUUGGAACAGGGACCGGCUCCACUGUCUCAGUGGAGAACGUGGGGUUGCUAGGAUCAACCAGGAUCGGGAGCCGACGCGUUAUACAAAUCUGUGCUGGCUUCAUGAUCUUCUUCUCCAUGCUGGGGAAAUUUGGAGCGCUGUUCGCCUCCAUCCCGUUCACCAUCUUUGCCGCGGUGUACUGCGUCCUGUUCGGACUAGUUGCCGCGGUGGGGCUCUCCUUCUUGCAGUUCACCAACAUGAACUCCAUGCGCAACCUGUUCAUCGUCGGCGUGUCCAUCUUCCUUGGCUUGUCCGUGCCGGAGUACUUCUUCCGCUACAGCAUGGCUGCCCAGCGUGGUCCUGCGCACACUAAAGCUGGAUGGUUCAACGACUACAUCAACACCAUCUUCUCGUCGCCGCCGACGGUGGGGCUGAUGGUGGCCGUGUUCCUGGACAACACGCUGGAGGUGAAGGACGCCGGCAGGGACCGCGGGAUGCCGUGGUGGGUGCCCUUCCGCUCCUUCAAGGGGGACAGCCGGAACGAGGAGUUCUACAGCCUGCCCUUCAACCUCAACCGCUUCUUCCCUCCCUCGUAAACGCUCGAGGGAUCAUAAAAGGACGCAAGGAAGAGAGCACAUGGUUGGUUUCUUGGCUGAUGCGAUCGUGUGUGCCUGUUCGAAGUGUUGUUGAGCAGUGGAAAUAGUAGAUGUGUAUUACCUCUAGCUGGUCAUUGUUUCAUUCGUUCAUUUUCUUCGUUAUCUAUAUCUAUAUGCUUGUAGAUCGGGGUGGGGAGGUGCCGGCUCGGUGAACCAACCCUGUGAUAUACUAGUAGUUCCUGUUUUUGACCAUUCCGCAAACAAGAUCAUGUAUGUGGCCUA